UCGUAUCCCUUCUUCCUCUUUCCACCGGUGCUGAACAGCGUCGUGUGGAUUGACUGCUGCGGAUUCGGUGCGUCGCGGGAUGUAACGGCUGCGCCUUGAAAUAGUGUUUCAACUUAAAUCCUGGGCUCGCGAACGGAACGUAGUCAAAAGAAGCGGAAGGGAAUACGGCAGUGCUGGCUUGGAGGGGAGAUCUCUGGCAAGCCAACUGACACCGCACGCAGAAAUGGCGGAGCAGCACGCAGUCAGCGACAGCAAGCACAAAGCGUCCGCUAAUGCCGGCAGCUCGGUGCACGGAAACAGCCGAGCCGCUGCUGCCGGUGCAGCGGGCGCGAAGGGAGGCCUGUCCGGGGGACUGACACAGCCGGCGGGGUGGCAGUCGCUGCUGUCGUUCAGCAUUCUCUUCCUGGCCUGCCUGGCUGGAUUCAGCUCCAGACUUUUCGCCGUCAUUCGCUUCGAGAGCAUCAUCCACGAGUUCGACCCGUGGUUCAACUACAGAUCAACACAUCAUCUCACAACCAAUGGUUUCUAUGAGUUUCUCAACUGGUUUGAUGAAAGAGCAUGGUACCCCUUGGGAAGGAUUGUUGGUGGCACAGUGUACCCAGGAUUAAUGGUGACUGCUGGGCUCAUCCACUAUGUGCUCAACUUGCUUCAUAUCACCGUCCACAUUCGAGACGUGUGCGUCUUCCUGGCACCUGUAUUCAGCGGCCUCACUGCCAUCUCCACGUUCCUGCUGACACGGGAGCUGUGGAACCAGGGUGCAGGGCUGCUGGCAGCCUGCUUCAUUGCCAUUGUUCCUGGCUACAUCUCUCGCUCUGUCGCUGGCUCAUUUGACAAUGAGGGCAUUGCCAUCUUUGCCCUUCAGUUCACCUACUACCUCUGGGUGAAGUCUGUGAAGACAGGAUCAGUUUGUUGGACUAUUGGUUGUUGUCUGUGCUAUUUUUACAUGGUAUCGGCAUGGGGAGGGUACGUGUUUAUCAUCAACCUGAUUCCCCUCCAUGUGUUUGUGCUCCUGCUAAUGCAGCGCUACAGCAGAAGAGUCUACAUUGCAUACAGCACAUUCUACAUUGUUGGACUUGUACUAUCAAUGCAGAUCCCUUUUGUUGGCUUCCAGCCCAUCAGGACUAGCGAGCACAUGGCUGCUGCUGGUGUGUUUGCACUCCUCCAAGCGUAUGCCUUUCUGCAGUACCUGAGAGAUAGAUUGACCAAACAGGAAUUCCAGACACUCUUCUUCCUUGGUGUCUCUCUUGCCGCUGGCGUGGUCUUCCUCACCGUGAUAUAUCUCACAUACACAGGAUACAUUGCCCCAUGGAGCGGCCGUUUCUACUCUCUCUGGGACACCGGCUAUGCCAAGAUACACAUCCCCAUCAUAGCAUCAGUGUCAGAGCACCAGCCCACAACGUGGGUCUCCUUCUUCUUUGACCUUCACAUCCUGGUCUGCACAUUCCCAGCAGGCCUCUGGUUCUGCAUCAAAAACAUCAAUGACGAACGAGUGUUUGUGGCCCUGUACGCCAUCAGUGCCGUGUAUUUUGCUGGUGUGAUGGUGCGUCUCAUGCUGACACUGACUCCGGUAGUAUGCAUGCUGUCAGCCGUGGCUUUCUCCAGUGUCUUUGAGCAUUACAUGGGAGAUGACACGAAAAGGGAGAAACCCCCAGCUGAAGACAGCAGCGAUGAGGAUGACAAGAGGAAUUCUGGAAAUCUCUAUGAUAAGGCCGGCAAGGUGCGCAAACAUGUGUCUGAACAGGAGAAAGCGGAGGAAGGUUUGGGUCCAAACAUAAAGUCCAUAGUCACCAUGCUCAUGUUAAUGCUCCUGAUGAUGUUUGCUGUCCACUGCACUUGGGUCACCAGCAACGCCUACUCCAGCCCGAGUGUGGUGCUCGCGUCAUACAACCAUGAUGGGACACGUAACAUCCUGGAUGACUUCAGGGAGGCCUACUACUGGCUGAGGCAGAACACAGACGAGCAUGCACGUGUCAUGUCGUGGUGGGACUAUGGUUAUCAAAUUGCAGGGAUGGCCAACAGGACCACACUUGUUGAUAAUAAUACGUGGAAUAACAGUCAUAUAGCGCUGGUGGGGAAAGCCAUGUCUUCCAAUGAAAGUGCAGCCUACAAAAUCAUGAGGUCCCUAGAUGUGGACUAUGUGCUGAUUAUUUUCGGCGGCGUCAUAGGCUACUCUGGGGAUGACAUCAACAAGUUCCUGUGGAUGGUGAGGAUAGCUGAGGGGGAGCACCCAAAGGACAUCAGGGAGAGUGACUAUUUCACUCCUCAGGGAGAGUUCAGAGUGGACAAAGACGGUUCGCCGACUUUGCUCAACUGUCUCAUGUACAAGAUGUCCUAUUACCGAUUUGGUGAAAUGCAGUUGGACUUCCGAACACCCCCCGGUUUUGACCGUACACGCAAUGCAGAGAUUGGCAACAAGGAUAUUAAAUUCAAGCACCUGGAGGAGGCUUUCACCUCGGAGCACUGGUUGGUUAGAAUCUACAAGGUGAAGAACCUGGGCAACAGAGAGCCACUGGAUCACAAACUUCGCAGCAUUGUGCCCAAACAGAAGUACACCUCCAAGAAGCUUAAUUCACACAAUGGUCAAGCAUACUGAACGAAGCAUUAUAACAAACCGCCAAGAGGAAGCGAGGCUACGUCAAGAACAAACUGGUCCUGAAAAAAGGCAAGAAACUCCCCAAAAAAUAACGAUGACGAACUCUCUUAGGGAAAAACAAAUGAAAAGCGAAGAAACCUCUUGACAAACAAUGAAGAACACCGAGGGGGCGGUGGCCCUUGAGCUCAAGCGUUUUUCUCAUUCGAGCGCCCCCGAGUGGCGAGGAAGGUGAAGUGUCAAAUUCUGGCUCGCUCCAGAAUCGUUGUCCAUGUUUAUCUUGGGGGACAUUUUGUCUUGCUUAUUUUCUCCAAUGUUUUUUUUUUGUUUUUCUUCCCUUUUUUUUGACUUUGUACUUGAAUGUGCGGCAAGGCAUCGGGCUGCUCUGUUGGUUUUUGUUGAUUAAACAUUUUUUUUGUGUUACGUGAAAGAUCUGAUUGAGUGUGGGUAAGAAAACGGAGGACGUGUAGGAAUAAUUGCACCAAAGAGCCAUUGACUUGACCUUGCUCCAUGGCACACUCAUUAACUAGUGAGGAGGCGCUCGGGACUCGUUCCUGACACGUGUACACGCACAAGCGUAUGCGGUAUGGAGGAACGUCACAGUCUAUGAGCACACCUGUUUGAAUUAACCUCUUCAACUGAUUUACAAACCAAUUGGCCCAAAAUAUAUGUAAAGAAAAUGAGUAUAAUAUAUUGGGAGUAUUGCGCUGAUUUUGAUAUAUGCAGUUUUUUCUUCAAAAGUUAUUUUUUCCGGGGUUUUCUUUUGUAUGACAGCAAGAACGGUGAAUGCAAUAAUUAUUGUACUGAGGGCCUUGAGAUUUUUCUUCAUGGAUUGAACGAAUGUGAAUUUUUUCUAUGCCGUCCAUCGCAGCCCGCAUUGAUAGCUUAGAUUGUACGUUUUUGCUGCUGGAGCGUUUGAAAAGUUGUGCUGUUAUUCCAUUAGGCCUCCCCUUCUGCAGGGGGAGCUCUCUAGUUUGCGUAAGCAAGCCUAGUGCCUCUUUGCUCUUUGUCAUCGCCUCCGUAUUUGCCGUCUUCCUCUAUGGGAUUGUCGUUUAGCCCGCAGCAGGUGGUACACGGAGGUGGAAGUGGUCCAUUAAAGUCCACCUAGACGGGUACCCAAACUGCAAAUACUCAAUGCUUUUUGAGUUCAAUAUAAUUUUGUCUUUGCCUUCAUUUUAAUAGGGACGAACGUAAAACACGCAGAGUAACAGAAGUGUGUCCUACUGCAUACUGCUUCACAAGCAGCAUGUUCUGGUUCAUGCACUGCAGUGUUGGCGCCACACUGGAAACAAGAAAUUAGAGUAGAGAUUUACGAUUGUCAAGUGGUUGUAAUCGCAUGCAUAAUGUACACAAACUAAGUUAUAAUUCAAUGACAGUGCUUUUAAUUUAUUCAUAAUUUGAUGAGAAAUAAUGAAGUCAGGUGUUUAUGACAGGAAGGUCCAAAGUGGAACUUGGCAUAUUUCUUAAAGCAAAUGCUAAACAAAAAAGAAAAUGCUUCAAAUUGGAAAAAAAACAAACUGUUUUGUCAACUACAAAGUUUUAACACAUCAACCUUUUUUUAAAAUAUCUGAAAAAUAUUUUAUUUUCAGUUUGCGAACCGCAGCAUUAUGAAUAUACACAAGUACACAUACACAUGUUUAUGAUGGUUUUUAUUUAACAUGACAAACUCCGACUGACUUUGUUCUUGUUUUUUGAUGCAUUUUCUGCAUUGAAGAUCCUAAAACACAAUACAGGUCAAUAAUGCUGAACGAUUGUCAACAUCUUAGUUUUCAGAAACUUUUCUCGGCCUAAAAACAUGUUUUCUUAUUUUAAAUAAAUAAUUGGUGAAAAAGAUUUUAUUAUUUACAACUGGAAUAAUAGGGAUUGCAAUAUUUGUGCCCCUAUAUAUAAUGUCUCCUUAAUAACAUUACUGUUUUGUUUACGACAUGGCAGGGCUAUAAAAAAAUUAGCUUUGGGCUAAAAAUGUCCCUUGGCCCACACUUUGGUUACUCAACUGAAAAUCUGCGACUUUUAGCUGAAAUCAUGUCAAAACACAAGUUUUUUGUAUUGUACAAGCAACAAUCUGAGUUAAAUUAUGUUAGAAUAUUACAAGAAUAAAAUGGACAUUAUGGGUUAGCUUGUCAUUUAACAGGAAUAAUGUCGUAGAUGUGUGAUUAACAAUAUACAAAUAUUUAAAUUUCGAUAAGGAAUUUGUUACAAUUUUAAGAAAAAAGUACAAUUCAUCAAUAAUUUAUGAGAAACUGGAAAUAUUGGAAAUGUUUAGUCAACAUAUUUUGGAAAUAUGCUGAGUCAAUAAAAAAAUUAUAUUCAUAGUUUGCACUUCCCUUGCUAAAACAAAUGGUAUGGUAUUUAAACGGGCUCUGCAGCAGGAAUUAAGUCACAAUGUCUAAAAAAUAAAAAUUACAAACAAAAAGCUGAAUCAAAGUGGAAAUAUUACAAGAUCAAUGCAAAGAAUUAUGUGGUAUUUUUACGUUGUAGUCAAAAAUCAGGAAUAAAGUCAGAACGUUGCUGAAGUUAUAGUUUUUAAAGACAUUAUUUGGCUGAAAAGGGAUACAAAUCAAAACGACAAAAAUGGCUUGCAGAAUUAAGUCAAAAUGGUACAAUACAUAUUCUUUCUAAUUUAAAAAAAAAAAAGUAGAAAUGUUAUGGAAUUCAUGUUAAACUUGUCAAUGUGAAAAUUUUCACAAAAAUCUACAUUUUUUAAUUGAUUACUUAACCUUUUUUGUCAUAACAUUGACUUUUUCCUCAGUCUUAACUUUGCCUUGUAAACGCAAACUUUGUCAUUGUCUUUUUAUUGACUUACAACAGUUUGUUGUUUUACUUUGGGAUUUUUUCAGUGUGGCACUGACUUGUUACUGCGUUGUCGUUUGAGUAACAGCGAGCUUCAACAGCCAUGCAAGUAUCACAUUCAUGUCUUAAAAAGCUUUCUUUUUCGUGGUUGCUUUUACAUUUUCAGUGAUGGAAAAAAGCUUAAAUGAAUAAAGUUGCAAGUUGAAGGGCCUGGCUAAAAGGAUAUGUAACAAGGACAAAGCUGUAAUGACCAGUAAGCUUUUACUUUGAGAAGUCCCCGUCCAAAUGUUGUUUUUUUUCCACCCUUUUUGUCUGUUUUUAGGCUGCAAACAUCAAGUCAGUCUAAAAUGUUUGCAUCCAGGAGUGCAAAUUAAGCCUUAAUGUGACAUCACCUUCCUAACAUCCUGUCUUUGCCUUUAUCUUGUUUGCAUUUGCUAUUCUGUCCAGUUUAGCAACUAAACUAAAGUCCUUCCUUCAUUUUUUGUUUCACAGUGCCGUCUGUACUUGACAUGUUUUACUUUCUCUUUUUGUUGGUUUGUGGUUUAAUGCAAUCUGUCUUUGUGGCUUUUUUUUUCUCCUCCUCCCUUUCAGCGUUUACACUGUUCAGUCAUCUUGAAAUACACACCCAAAUUAAA